CCUCCAUACUGCCGCUGCUGCUGCUGCUGCUCUCAUACUGUCACCAUCUCUUUCUCGGCCCUUCGGCUGCUCUCCAUGCUGCGUCCGGCCCUGGUUCUGGGCUUGUUCUUGGCGUGGGUGUUUCUUGAAUCCCAACAGCAUCCCGUGAUCGCUGGAGAUUGUCCCUUGGAUUUUAGUUGGGCAAACUUUACAUUGGCAGCUUCUGCUUGUUCAAAUCAAGAUGAGCGAGGAAAAUGCUGCCGAUAUAUUAAUGCGUUUGUCGCAAUUUCCGUUGCUCAUUAUGCAAAUUCAACAGGAAAAUUGGGAGUUCCUUUAGCAUUUUCUGAUAUCUGCCUUACCUCUGUGUCUGAAACAUUCAAGUUAUAUGGAAUUCCAGCUAGUGCAACUGCAGUUUGUGGAUUGGGACCCAAAAUUCGAGUUUCUUAUCAGUGUGAGGGGAGAGGAACUGUCUUGGAAAUGAUGCAGUCUCCUAAAUUUACUGAUGUCAUUGCAAACUGCAAGGUGCCAUUUUCAUUGGACAGCAGUUGCAAGAGGUGCUUAAAUUAUGGCAUCAUAUACCUUCACAAUCUUAUAGGAGCAGAUGAUAAUGUCACAUUAAGUGUCUGUCGCAAUGCAGUGUUUGUUGCACUUGCAAACCAAGGCGACAACUUGGUAGCUGUUGACAUGGCUAGUUGCUUCUUUGGUGUUCAGGGGCUUAGCAUUCUUCCAGGGUCAUCUUCCCAAUCAUUCACCCCCACAACUUCUCCAAGUUCUGAUUCUUCUCAAGCUCCCAAUCAGCACCUUAUUGGCAUACCUGUCAAGAAACAUCAGCAAGCCUAUCGGCUCACAUUGAUUACAGGAAUUGGAAUUGGGGUUAUAGCGGUGGCGAUUCUACUGCUGCUAAUUUUAGUACUACUUAUUCGCAAACAAAGUAAGGAACUAAGGAGUGCAGACGAUCGUAAUGAGACAUCAUGGAAUGCCUUCCCUCCUACGCACGUCCGAAGAAGUCAGGAAGGUCCAUCACCUGUUUUCCAAAGGUUCAACUACAGUGAAAUAAAGAAGGCAACCGAGAAUUUCAGCACUGUCAUUGGUAAAGGUGGUUUUGGCACUGUUUAUAAGGCUAAAUUUAGUGACGGUUCUGUAGUUGCUGUGAAACGGAUGAACAAAGUUUCAAAGCAAGGUGAGGAUGAAUUUUCCCGAGAAAUGGAGCUUCUUUCUAGACUGCACCAUCGCCAUCUUGUUGCCCUGAAAGGGUUUUGUGUUGAGAGGAAUGAGAGGUUUCUGGUGUAUGAAUACAUGGAAAAUGGAAGCCUAAAGGAUCAUCUUCAUUCACCAAAGAGAAAUCCACUGAGCUGGAAGACCAGAGUACAAAUUGCCAUUGAUGUAGCCAAUGCUCUGGAGUACCUCCAUUUCUAUUGUGAUCCUCCACUUUGCCAUAGAGACAUUAAGUCCAGCAAUAUUCUUUUGGAUGAGAAUUUUGUAGCAAAGGUGGCUGAUUUUGGUCUUGCGCAUGCUUCAAGAUAUGGUGCAAUCAGCUUUGAACCAGUGAACACAGAUAUACGGGGAACUCCAGGGUAUAUGGAUCCUGAAUAUGUGGUGACUCAAGAGCUGACAGAGAAGAGUGAUAUAUACAGCUAUGGUGUUCUAUUAUUAGAGCUUGUGACUGGGAGAAGAGCGAUACAGGAUUGCAAUAAUCUGGUGAAAUGGUCUCAGAAAUUUAUGACGAAUGAUUCAAAGCUACCCGAAUUGGUGGAUCAUGUGAUUGGGAACUCAUUCGACUUUGAACAGCUCCAAUUGAUUGUAGGGAUUGUACAAUGGUGCACCCAGAGGGAAGGACGAGCAAGGCCAUCAAUCAAACAAGUGCUCAGAAUACUCACUGAGAGAUGCGAUCUGCUGCACAAUAGCUUGGAACAACUUGUGGAAGAUGAAGACAACAAUUAUGUUCGGGAAAGGAAUAGUAGAGUGAGAAUGCACCCAAAUGAAGUGAUUCCUUACAGCGGUGAUGCAAGAUGUCUUCAGUCUUCUUCGAGUACUUCAAGAUCCUGCUGUAGCCGGAGUAUCUUGCUUGAGAGUGGUUCGCCACAAUCUCCUGGCCUUUACUCUGUUUAGGUUUUUUCCUCAACCUUGAGUUUCUUUUUAGUGUUUGAUGUUGUCUUGCAACCAGACUAUUUAAGCAAUCAGAAGCUCAGUAGGGACGUGAUGAAGCAGAGGUGAUCAGCUGUGGUUUUCUGCUGCAAGCAAGGAAUUGCCGUGAAGAGUUCUAUUUUUUAAGAACUCCAAAAUCUCCUUUUUAAGCUGUUGUAGAAAUUUAGGAUUUUCUGCUGCUCUUGAGCAGAUAUCAUGACCUAAGUUGCUUCAUAUAUAAGUAAUUUUUGGUGCAUCCAACAAGAAUUAGAGUUGCAGAUGCAGGCGGUUGGCACUGUAAUUUUUUGAUGGAAAUUUAUUUAUUUAUUUAUUAAUGAUUGCGAUGCAAUUGUUUGCGCUUUUAUUUGCAAACAA